AGAAUACAAGACGCCAUGGGAUUCUUUCAGAAAGAAGAGACUGUUCAGGCUCCUCCAAAUAAGUCCAAGCGUUUGGAAUGCUGGGAUUCGAGAGACAAGUUCUUUCAGUGUUUGACGGAAAACAAAAUUGAUAAUUCACUUGAUCCAAAGAUACAAAGCAAGGUUGAGCUGAAUUGUGGUGAGUUAAGAAACGACUUUAAGAAUAAGUGUGUUGCUAGUUGGUUCAAGUAUUUCCAGGAAAAGAGAUUCAAUGAUUUAAUUAGACAAAGAUAUAUUGAAAAAUUAGAAGCCGAAGGUGCUCAACCUUUACCUUUCAAAUUGGACAAUAGAAAGCAGUGAAUUUGCCUUUUUAUUUGCAUACUCUUGUUUCAUUUCUUGUA